AUGUCUCUACAUGAGGAAGUUCCUUUACAUGAGGAAGUUCCUUUACAUGAUUAUGCUAAUGAAGUUUCAGAAUCUAGUUCAUGCAUCCAUGAGAAUAAUAGUUCUAAGCCAUACGAAUUUGCUAAACAACUACAGAAAAAAGCCAAAAAAGGUGGUCUUACAUUUGAUGAAUCUUGGCCAAGAGGUAAAUUAUGUAGUUUGAAAGCUCAUCUUGCAAAUGAUUGCUCCAAUAUAUUUGAGAAUAUUCAAAAGUAUUGGUGCAAUAAACUUGUAGAAAAUAAUAGUAUAUAUUCAAGAAAUUCAUAUUUAAAAUUAAUUUUACCUGUACAAGUUAGUAACAAUUAUGAUAUGUUGCUUUUAAAAGCUUGGAUUGUUACUAAUAUCCCAUUUGAAGUUUAUUAG